AUGUCCAUCUACGGGAAGGCCAGUGUGACCGUCGUGGCGCUACUGCAUCCAGCGCGUGGUCCGGCGUCCGGCACACUUGGCGUAUACAACAACAACAACGGUCAAGUUUACAUCUCGCUGGCUUGGGAAAUGGGCCGACAGAACUUUGUGAGUGUUGACAGAUUGGCUUGUCCCGGUUACCAAGUCCCCGAAGUCGGCAGACCUAUGUUACCGAAAACUGACCAGGCAUAUUUACGUCAGCCAGUCAACGAACAGCCGGAGAAACUGUCGUUAACGGCAAACGGCACAUGGUCCAUUUUUAACCACACGGGAAAAGCUAACUGCAGUGCGAAGCUUGGUGAAAAGCCUUUGCCGGAAAAUUUCCCGUACGGAUCGCAGGAUAUUAAUCUGCCGGAAGUCGCCACUCCGCCUUCGCCGCCGGAAACGGUCACGUUGCUGUUACAAAACUUUUUGCAGCCUAUCCUUCCCCAAGUCAAUGUUCAAAACUUAGCGAGUGGUUUCAUCUUACCGAUGACCGGCGAAUAUCGUUUACAGCAACCGUUAUUGCCCCCCGCUCCUCAAGUUUUUACAACUGUGCCGAGAAGUCCUUUAGACGAACGCUAUUUGGAAGAUUGGUUCGAUCAGAUCGAUGUGUCCGACUACGAGGAGAUCAUUCCAGAAUUUGUGACAAAAGCAGUUAAGGUAUUAACACAACCGCCUUCUAUGACCUCUCCUCGUCUGCAGGUGAAGCCGCCGCCAGUCCAGGGUGCGUUAACCUCUAAACUGACGGGCUCUCUUCGUUGGCUAGCUGAGGACCCCGCACCCGAGUUCUCCACCCAGUCCACGGUCAAAGUCGACAUGGAGCCCGGCAUCUUUGUGGGAGGCGGGGCGGAAUCACGUGAUGUAGCGCUUCCGGAUGACUACGAGGAGCUCGACCAAAGUCCACGAUUUCGAGCGCAACGCGGUCGGCAGAUACCGGUGUAUAACAUCACCGUUCAAGAGCGACGUACUACGUACGCACCUAUACCGACACCUGCGCUCCCUUCUCGCGUUAACGCAACAGAUCCUACAAAACAAGAGUUUCCCGAGGUGCAACCAGAACGAAUGGUGUUCCCACCAAAGAGAUAUCCUGCAGAGAAAGCGCCUGCUCCGAUUCUACGAAAACCAAUGAGGCCUGUUAAUAUGCGCCGUAUUAAAUUCGGCGAAGCCAUCGAAUCAGCAACACCGGUCCCAACUGUAACAAAAGGUCUGGAGCCUCUUCCGGCGACUCAGUUCACAUGUAAAUCAGCCGUCCAGUACUUUUCCUCUCAUUUAUUUUUCUAA